AUGUUUCGCUUCUCACGCCCAAGUGCUGCGGCCUCCACCUUUUUCAUGCCAAAGGUCAGUUACCUUGGCGUUGGGGCGCUCGACAGUGCCACGAGCAAGAUGACAAAGUUGGGCUUUAAGAAGCCCUUAUUGGUGUGCGACACCGGCAUCGAAAAGGCAGGCAUUCUUGAAACCGUCAUGGAUGUGCUUAAGAAAAAGUGUCAAAUGGACCCUGUCGUAUUCAAGGAUGUGCAUCCGAACCCAACUGCCCACAACGUGGAGACUGGUCUGGAGUUGCUGAACAAGAAUGCGUGCGAUUCUAUCAUCGCUAUUGGAGGUGGAUCGCCGCAGGACUGUGCAAAGGGCAUUGCACUUGUCAAGGCUAAUGGGGGAACCAUCUAUGACUACGAGGGUCUGGACAAGGCAGAGAAGGACCAGUACCCGCUGGUCUGCAUAAACACAACAUCGGGCACAGCAAGCGAAAUAACGCGCUUUGCGGUUAUUACGGACGAGAAGCGACACGUCAAGAUGGUGAUUACGACAGAUACUGUGACUCCACUCGUUGCCAUAGACGACGCUCAACUGAUGAUGGGACAGCCGCCUUCUCUUACUGCUGCCACGGGUAUGGAUGCUCUCACACAUGCAGUUGAAGCGUAUGUGUCAGUGGGCGCAAGCGAAACCACAGAUGCGUGCGCGCUAUAUGCCAUGAGACUUAUCAAACAGCACCUUUCUAAUGCGGUGAAGGAUGGCAAGAAUCUUGUGGCACGAGAGGGUAUGUGCUACGCGCAGCAUCUUGCUGGAAUGGCAUUUAACAGUGCAGGUCUCGGUUACGUGCACGCAAUGGCUCAUCAGCUUGGUGGCUUCUACGACCUCCCCCAUGGCGUCUGUAACGCCAUCCUGCUGCCACACGUGGAAAAUUACAACUCUUUCGUAUGUGCGCGCCGUUUGGGUGAUGUUGCCGUGCAAUUGGGUGUCAGUACGACAGGCAUGGACGAUAAGAAUGCCGCUGCUGCUGCAAUUGAUGCGAUUCGUGCUUUAUCAAAGGAAGUUCAAAUCCCACCAGGAUUUGAACAACUUGGUAUGAAGGAGAAGGACAUUCCCGCGCUGGCAGAAUCAGCCUUGAAGGAUGUUUGCGCCGCCACUAACCCGCGACAGGGCAGCAAGGAAGAUGUGAUGAAGAUCUACCGUGAGUCAAUGUAG